AAAAAGAAGAAGAAGAAGAAGUUACGGAAGUACGGCUUCCAAACAGAUUCCCGUUGGAAGAGUAAAACACAGUAGAUCGCCUGUCCCCCCCUCCCCCUCAAUUAAAUAAAAUUAAAUCUUGGACUAACCAUUCCUCAAUAAGACGAUGGGCACUAGAGAUGACGAAUACGAUUAUUUGUUCAAAGUGGUCCUUAUUGGGGACUCGGGCGUGGGGAAGAGUAACCUGCUGUCCCGGUUCACCCGCAAUGAGUUCAACCUGGAGAGUAAGAGCACCAUCGGUGAGUUUGCCACGCGCAGCAUCCAGGUGGACGGCAAGACGGUGAAGGCCCAGAUCUGGGACACAGCUGGCCAGGAGCGCUACCGGGCCAUCACGUCAGCGUGAGUAGAGAAGAC